AUGUGGCACCCAAAAUCCGGUUGUCGGAAGGUGAACGUACUGACUGCUUUUUUGACUAAAGGAUGCAAAAAGAUCAAAAGCACCUGGAAAUGGCCAAAGGAACGGCCUACUUGCAAGAGGUGCCAUCCUGACCUGGAGGAGGUGAUGGGGAAGCUGCUUGCUGAUUUAUACUCAAUUGAAGGGUCAAGUCUUAAUCAAAUAGUUCAGUUGUUGCGCCCUAGUAAAGUUCGAACCGUUUACAGAGCGAAGGACUUCGAUCUUGGGCUUUUGAACAUAAAGUUUGUGGACAUGGACAGGCCUCUCUCUUCCUUCUUGCUUCACACCUGCUAUUGA